AUGUCGACCGAAAAAUAUACGACAAAUUCAAAUAACGCUGAAAAGUCAUUGCCUCGAGCUGAUACUGGGAACACAGCAGUUUCCCAGUCAUUACCUUUCAAACCUCAUACAGCAUCUUCAUCGAAAGUCUUAGAAGCGCUCAGUGGGAACGCCAGCAAGGGACUUUCCGAACAAGAUGUGCAGAAUAGACUGGCACAACAUGGCCCAAACAGGCUAAAACCACCCAAGAAGCCAAGUGUGUAUAAGAUCGUUCUAAGACAAAUCGGUAAUGCUAUGACUGUCAUAUUGAUUGCGGCUAUGGCUACAUCUUUCGGUACCAUGGACUACAUUAGUGGAGGAGUCAUCGGCGCUUUAGUUAUCCUCAACGUCAGUGUUGGAUCAUACACCGAGUGGCAGGCUGAGAAGACAGUAGCAAGUCUUGAAUCCGUCGGAGCACCUCAAGCCACAGUCAUCAGGUCUUCUGAUGGUCGGGAGAGUUCGACCAAAGUCAUCGCUGUCGAAGAUGUUGUCCCAGGUGACUUGGUAUUACUCAAAAACGGUGACAUCGUCCCUGCCGAUGGUCGUAUCCUAGACGGUCAUUGUAGUAAUCUGGAAUGUGAUGAGGCUUUCUUGACCGGUGAAAGUAUGCCUGUUGCCAAGCAAUCAGAUCCCAUUGACGAGGAAGAGUGUCCUGUCGGCGACCGAUUGAGCAUGGUAUUUUCCGGUGCCCAAGUUACCAAAGGACGAGCUCGGGUUGUAAUUACUUCCACUGGAAUGAACACCGAGAUCGGUAAAAUCGCUCAAGCUCUCGAUUCGAAAGCCAAAAAGACUGAAACCGGUUUUGCCGCCUAUUGGUAUAAAUUCAAGCUGGCUUACUUCUUACUUGGAUGUGCGAUCCUCAUCGCAAUCAUUGUUGUCGCAUCUACUGGAUUCAAGAGUGUACCACUAUCUGUAGCCACUUACGCUGUAGCUGCUGCUGUCUCGAUCUUACCAGCUUCAUUAAUCGCGGUUGUCAGUUUAACGCUAGCUAGAGCAUCAACUGAUCUUGCCCAAAGACAUGCUUUGGUAAGACGGAUGGACGCUAUUGAGGCUUUAGCUGGAGUAGAAAACGUUUGUUCCGAUAAGACUGGAACACUUACUGUCGGCCGAAUGGUCGUUCGUAAAUUCUGGGUACCAGCGCUUGAUCCUCGAGCCAACGACUCAGCUCCUCUGAAUACUACAAGAGGUCAAGCUUACUCUUUCGAGACUGGAUCGGACCCUUUCUAUCCUAGAGGUGAAGUCCGAUCAGACAGAGAAGAAAUUUCAGCUGGUGGAGCUGUUCUUGACUUGAAGAGAAAACCUCAACGCCAACCAUCUGGUGAUUCGACGAUGGAUCCUGAUGCUGCAGAAAUCGAUUUGCAAGAACAAGUCAUCUUAGUCGAUGAGCUCGAACAUGGCUUAAAAGAUUUAGCACUUUGUGCUUCUCUCUGUAACCAAGCUACAUUAUCUCGACCUACCGAUGGUGAGGGUCAAUGGGAAGCAAAUGGCGAUCCCACAGAAGUCGCACUUCAGGUUGCUGCUCAUAAACUUGGUCACGGUAAACCUUUCCUUACACAUUCAAGACCUCAAAACAAUAGAGCGGAUUCAGUUCGAUCUGGACAUAGUGGUAGACCACCUAUUGCCGGUUCAAGAGGUCAUUACGAACAAGUCAUCGAGCAUCCUUUCGAUUCCACCGUGAAACGAAUGUCGAUCGCCUACAGAUUCAUUCCUGAUGAUGGAAAAGAUUCACACGUUCAGUGUCUCCUGAAAGGUGCUGUCGAGCGAGUCUUCGAGCUUUGUACUCACGUAAGAGGAGAGACACUCACCGAUGAAAAGAAGAAAGAUAUCAUGGUUAAAGUCGAUGCUUUGGCUGCUCAAGGUCUAAGAGUUUUAGCUUUAUGUGGGAAACGAUUACCCGGUAAAUCAGUCGAGGAAAUCAAGAUGAUGCCGAGAGAUCAAUUCGAAAGAGAUUUCACAUUCUUGGGAUUAGCAGGUAUUUUCGAUCCACCAAGGAAGGAAUCACCUGGAGCAGUGGCAGAUUGUAUAAGAGCUGGAAUUACACCUAGAAUGUUGACCGGUGACCAUCCUGCCACUGCCACUGCAAUCGCACUCAAUAUCGGUAUCUUGGAGAAGGCUUAUGGCAAAGAUGCUGUCAUGACAGGUCAACAGUUUGAUGCUUUGUCCGAAGAGGAAAUCGAUAGAUUACCUGAGUUACCUCUGGUCGUCGCUCGUUGCGCUCCUGAAACCAAAGUUCGAAUGGUCGAUGCGAUCCAUCGAAGAGGCCAAAAGACUGUCAUGACAGGAGAUGGAGUGAACGAUUCACCUGCAUUAAAGCGUGCAGAUGUCGGAGUUGGUAUGGGAACUGGAUCAGAUGUGGCCAAACAAUCUGCCAGAAUCGUUCUCAGUGACGACAAUUUCAGCACUAUCAUUAGAGCCAUUAGGAAAGGACGAUCAGUCUUCAAGAACUUGGCAAAGUUCCUCUUGUACCUGCUUUCCGGUAACAUGGCGGAGAUUAUUGUUCUUCUAAUAGGUCUUGCUUUCAAAGAUGAAAAUGGUCAAUCUGUAUUCCCACUCUCUGCCGUUGCAGCCCUUUGGAUCAACACUCUUGCUGCUGGGCCUCCCGCUCUGGCACUCGGUCUCGAACCUACUGCUGUUGACGCAAUGGAUCAACCUCCCACAGCGUUCCAGCAAAUCUUUACACUGGAAUUCUACAUCGAUCUUGCAUUCUACGGUGUGUUGAUGGGAGCUUUAAGUUUGGCCAACUUCGUAAUCGUUCUUUGGGGUUACUUCCCCGGUGAUCUUGGUGUAAUGUGUAAUGAAGGAGAUUCAGAGAUCUGUUCACCAGUGUUCCAAGCUAGAGCAACUUGUUUCGCCACUUUGGUCAUCAUGCUCAUGAUUCAUGCUUUGGAAUGUAAACAUUUCACCAAAGGUAUAAUGCAAGUUCAUUUGGGCGAUAACAGAGUUUUACUUUGGUCUGUACUGGUUUUAGCUUUGGGUACAUUCCCUGUCGUUUAUAUCCCUGUGAUCAACGACAAGGUAUUCCUUCACGGUUCACUCAAAUGGGAAUGGGGUAUUGUUUUUGGCAUGAUCUUAGUUUAUCUUGGAUGUACCGAGUUCUACAAGUGGUGUAAGAGGAUCUAUUUCCGUAGAACACACGUAGAAGAGCCCACAAGAGGCUCUUCAGAUAAGACGUUGAGAAUGGAGAGUACUAUUGCGCCUCCCGUUUGA